GGCGGUACGAUGGUGGUGACAGGCUCUGCCCGAGGCGGCGGCGGCAGCGGGGACCGCGCGCCUUCCCGGCGGCGGGGCUGCGGACUCGCGCCGGCCGGCGCCGCGGCGCUGCUGGCCGGGGCGAGCUGCCUAUGCUACGGCCGCUCCCUGCAGGGCGAGUUCGUGCACGACGACGUGUGGGCGAUCGUGAACAACCCCGACGUACGGCCGGGCGCCCCGCUUCGCUGGGGCAUUUUCACCAAUGACUUCUGGGGCAAGGGCAUGGCCGAGAACACCAGCCACAAGUCCUACCGGCCGCUCUGCGUCCUCACCUUCAAGCUGAACAUAUUUUUGACUGGCAUGAACCCAUUCUACUUUCAUGCGGUGAAUGUGGUUUUACACUGUCUCGUGACUCUCGUCCUGAUGUACACCUGUGACAAAGCUGUCUUCAGGAACCGGGGACUGGCUUUUGCUACAGCGUUGCUUUUUGCUGUGCACCCUGUCCACACAGAGGCGGUGGCUGGAAUUGUUGGCAGAGCUGAUGUGUUAGCAUGCCUGCUGUUUCUGUUGGCCUUUCUCUCCUACAAUAGGAGUGUGGACCAGCAUCAUGUUGGGGAAUGUUUCCCUCCCACCACUUCUCCAUUCUUCUUGCUGCUCAGUUUGUUUCUGGGGACCUGCGCGAUGCUGGUCAAAGAGACAGGCAUCACGGUGUUUGGAGUGUGCUUGGUUUACGAUCUCUUUUCCCUGUCCCAUAAGCAAGAGAAAUCAAGCAAUGGGGUCAUCCAUCAGCGCAGCCCACAGCAGCCUGCGAGCCCUCAGCCCUCCUCGCUGCCUGUGCACCCUCACCGGGAGAAUGGGAAGCAACAGCGAUUUCCUCACCGAGGAGCUUUGGGUGGCUGCCACUCCCCAUCGCCGCCAGAACCCAAGAGCAGUGGAUUCCCAGUGUCUCCUCAAGCCGCGUGGUCCAUAAUGAGGUAUCUGACAGCAAGGAGCAAUAGGCAUUUCCUGCUUACCAUGAGGCCAUUCUUAAAAAGGGCCACUUUGGUCAUAAGUUAUGUGAUUGUCAUUUUGUACUUCCGUCUGUGGAUUAUGGGAGGAUCUAUGCCCCUCUUUUCAGAGCAGGAUAAUCCAGCUUCAUUUUCGCCUUACAUUCUUACGAGGUUCCUUACCUAUUCCUACCUCUUGGCCUUCAACGUGUGGCUUCUGCUUGCACCCGUUACCCUGUGCUAUGACUGGCAGGUCGGCAGUAUUCCUCUGGUAGAGACCAUAUGGGACGUGCGGAACUUAGCCACCAUCCUUCUGGCAGUUGUCAUGACCUUACUGAGCCUUCAUUGUUUAGCAGCCUUCAAGAGACUGGAGCACAAGGAAGUUUUAGUGGGCUUGUUGUUCCUGGUUUUCCCGUUCAUUCCAGCCAGCAAUCUCUUCUUCAGGGUGGGUUUUGUGGUGGCCGAGAGAGUCCUUUACAUGCCUAGCAUGGGCUACUGCAUCCUUUUUGUGCACGGAUUGAGGAAGCUCUGCGCAGGACUGAAUCGUUGGGGGGCCACCACCCUGACCGUGUGUACUGCGCUGCUGCUGCUGCUUUUCUCCUGGAAAACUGUGAAGCAGAAUGAAAUUUGGCUAUCAAGAGAGUCCCUGUUCAGGUCUGGAGUUCAGACUCUGCCUCACAAUGCCAAGGUUCACUACAACUAUGCCAAUUUCCUGAAGGACCAGGGUCGGAACCGGGAAGCCAUCUACCACUACAGAACAGCCCUCAGGUUGUAUCCUCGCCACGCAAGUGCCCUGAACAACCUUGGAACACUGACGAGAGACACAGCAGAGGCAAAGAUGUACUAUCAGAGGGCUCUCCAGCUAAAUCCGCAGCACAACCGGGCUCUUUUCAAUCUCGGGAAUCUCCUUAAGUCCCAGGAGAAAAAAGAAGAGGCUAUCACCUUGCUGAAGGACUCCAUUAAAUAUGGUCCCGAGUUUGCAGAUGCGUAUUCUAGCUUAGCUUCAUUGUUGGCCGAGCAGGAGAGAUUUAAGGAGGCUGAGGAGAUAUACCUGGCUGGAAUAAAGAGCUGUCCAGACAGCUCAGACUUACACAACAACUAUGGGGUUUUCUUAGUUGAUACUGGCUCUCCAGAGAAGGCAGUGGCCUAUUACCAACAGGCCAUCACACUCAGCCCAAGUCAUCACGUGGCCAUGGUGAAUCUGGGGAGGCUCUACAGGUCCUUGGGAGACAACAAUGCCGCUGAAGAAUGGUACAAACGGGCCCUACAGGUGGCACGCAAAGCAGAGCUAUUAUCACCUUUGGGAGCGCUGUAUUAUAACACGGGCCGGUAUGACGAGGCUCUGCAGAUUUACCGGGAAGCCGCGGCACUAGAACCUUCUCAAAGGGAGCUCCGCCUGGCCCUGGCUCAGGUUUUGGCUGUGAUGGGUCAGACAAAAGAAGCUGAGAAGAUGACCAACCACAUUGUGUCAGAAGAGACCGGAUGCCUUGAAUGCUACCGCCUGUUGUCAGCAAUCUACAGCAAGCAGGAGCUCCACGACAAGGCACUCGAUGCUAUCGACAAGGCUCUCCAGCUGAAACCAAAGGACCCAAAAGUUAUAUCUGAACUUUUUUUCACAAAAGGAAACCAACUAAGAGAGCAGAAUCUUCUGGAUAAAGCUUUUGAGAGCUAUAAAGCUGCCGUGGAGCUAAAUCCAGAUCAAGCACAGGCCUGGAUGAACAUGGGUGGAAUCCAACACAUCAAGGGAAACUAUGUGUCCGCAAGAGCUUAUUACAAGAGAGCCUUACAGCUGGUUCCAGACAGCAAACUGCUGCAGGAAAAUCUUGCCAAGUUGGAUCGCCUAGAGAAACGAUUACAAGAAGUUCGAGAAAAGGAUCAGACGUAGCCGUGUUUGGCCCAGUCUUGAGGGACAGUGCUGGUGCUUCUGGAAGAGGAAGAAGUGUUGGAGGCCUUCACCUCAGCAGGGGCACAACAGAGAAGCUUUCCGCUCGCUCUGAAUUUGGGGAGGCACGUUUUGGGAUGCCCGCUGGUAA